ACCAACUUAAGUUUGCAUUUCAUUUUCCAUCAUAAGGAAUGGGAACGAUAGUUUUACCCACAAUGCUAACUUAUUUUUAUCCACAAUGCACCAUACACUAUGCAUUGCUUUUCUGUUGUUCUUCCCAUUCCAGUCAAGGGAUAUUACUUUAUGGGCAAAGCACAACUAGAGCUCGGACAGCCAUCUGAAGCAUACUCAAGUUUGAAGAAAUCAUACGAGUUGGCAUUAGAGCAGCGAUCAACGUUCACAAAGGACAUUGUGGCGAUGAUUGCAGAGGCCAAGAAACAAAAAUGGAUCCAAGAGGAACGGAAACGGCUAUCAGAGACAUCAGAGACCUAUCGUUACCUUUCUGGUUUGGUGGAAAAGGAUUUUCAACAACAAAUGGAUGCAUUAGAUCAAUCUGCAUCGGAUUAUCAGGACAACCUCGCUUACCUUCGAUCUGACAAAGAGCAUCGACUCAAACAAUUAGAGAUUCUCUUGCAACGAGCCUCCAGGCCUGACCCACAGGCUAAACCAUAUGUCCAAAAGUAUUUGGAUCAACAACAACAACCACAAGAAUCCGUGGUCAACGGUGACAAUAACAGCAACACAAAUAACAACACUACCCCCAGUUUGAUCUCUCCUGAAGCAUCACCCCAAUUAUCUACAAAGCCUUCUAACAUGGGUACUAUAGAUAUUGUGGAUGAUGAUAAUAACGACGAUGACGUCAAAACAGAGAAAACAAAGAAUUCCGAUGCGGGUUUAACAAAAAUGGGUUCAAAUCCAGACCAGUUCGAGCUCAGGGAAGUGCCAGAAUACAUGUUGGACAAAAUCACCUUUGAGUUCAUGCACGAUCCUGUCAUCUCCACCAAAUCAGGCAUCAGCUAUGAACGAAGUACUCUUUUGGAGCAUUUCAGUUAUGGGCGUCUAUUUGAUCCUGUGGCACAAGUACCCCUGACAGAACGCGACAUCGUUCCCAAUCGUGCCCUCAAAGAAGCUUGUGAUGACUUCUUGGCAAAGAAUGGGUGGGCUGUAGAUUACUAAUUCUCUUUUGCACAUACAUCUUUUAUAGUUUUACCUAAUUCAUUCUUCAUAAUAAUUCAGAAACUUUUUUUUAAUGUAGUAACUUAUUGUACAUAAUAAAUACUUUUGAUUGGAAACUUUUUUUUUUUUUUUUUUUUUUUGUUUGUUUGUUUC